AUGCCACUCAAACCCACGAAUUUGGACAUAUGGCCAGCAUCCGGAGUCUGUCCGAUUUGCAAGAGACAGACCACCUCUCUCCGAUCGCAUUACAGCUCUAUUCAUCGUCUUAUUUGCAAGGUCAGAUAUGCAAGUGAUCCAAAGAUCCAAGUGAAGAUAGUGCGGGAUAGCAGAGAUAAUCUAUUCCAUUGCCUCGGAUGUGUAUACAAGCAUGCCUCCCCAAGGUCUCUGCAGCGUCAUGCUGCUUCUUGCACAUUUGUCAUGCUUCCCUUGCGGAUACGGCUCCCUGGUUUGCGCCGUCCGGCUGCUGAGAAAAACUCGGAGGAAGAAAUACAGUUCCUGUAUAUUCGGAAGCCUAGUGACUCCCAAGUAGACGACUUCGAAAUGCACGAGGUCGAUGGAAUGUUGAAGACAGAACCAACUGAUAGUGAUACACUGGAUGAGAUGAACCAACAGCCUGAAAUGGACGUAGACGUUGAAGAUGAAAUGCACGCGGAUACUGAGGGUGGGAGCUCACGCCAGAAGACGAUGUACGAGGAGGAGGAGGAGAUAUAUUCCGGACCAGGUCCCAAUCAGGAAUGUCAGAUCGUUUCACAGGGGAGUCCCGAAAGGCAGUCAAGUGCUUCGCAAUAUCACGACUCAAAAUCCCCGCCACCACCCGCGACAUUGAGCUUACCGUCUGCUUCAUCCAACCACAAAACUCUCAGCCCCGUCACGGACACUCCUCAGCAGACGGACCAGACUAACCCCUGCGAAGCUUGUACAUCCUCUGAUCGUGUCAUCGUGGAUACAGAAGCUCUGCACGUUUCGGGUGAUGAUCUACCGUCCGAUCAGAUUUGCGCAAGCACCGAUCGCGAAUGUGACACUGUCCGGAAUGAAUCCUCUCAUGUACAACAGCCCACGCCCCCGCUAAGCAGUCCCGCCCUCUCCCCUGCUGACUAUAUGCGGGCAACACCUUCAGUGUUGAAAACAGUGGAUCCAUCUACAGGAUCUCGCUCAUCCAUACAAUCCAGGCGUUCAUUAGCUUUUAGCCCAAUCUCCCGCACCCCAUCUCUUAUCAUAGGGCGUUCAUCGCGCGGGACUGAACAGCCGUCUUUCGCUGACCGUCUACCAUCUGCCACGGCUGCGGCAUCAGGUUCCGGUCCUCAUGUAUCUUCUAUACCCAGAAGUCUUUCUUAUUGUAGCAUCAGCUCGGACAUUUCGAUAAAAGUGGAGACCUCUCAGCCGUCUCCAGCUCAAUCCUUCGUGGCAGGAUUGUCGUCUUCCCCAGGCGUGUCAUUCCUCGCAGACAUACUGUCUGGUCUCGGCUUCGACACCGAUGUGCUGCUCGACGCGCUCAGUUGCACGGAGGACGAAUGGUGCAAAGUCAAAGCAGAGGUCCUCCGGAGAGGCAGGUUUGCAGACUGGUGUAUUCUCAGCCUCGGCUUGCAGUCUCGCUCCGAGCAACUCGCACGCUUCUCCCUUGACGUCGACGAAGAUGAGCUGGGCAAGAAAUGUGACAGUGCGGCGUCCUUUAUUAAGGGGUUAUCAACUUCAGACCGGCACGCGUACCUUUCCACGGCGUUAUCGGACCUUGGCUUUGACCGUGAAGACUUGCUAGAUGCCUUGUGCAGGCUAAAAGAAGACGUCGAAUGGAUCACCAUUAAGGACAAAAUAUAUGAAAAUGGUGGGCAGUUCGGGUUCGCAGAUUGGGUGCUGGUCAAGUGGGGAUUGCGGAGGAGAUUGGGGCGACUGAACAGAUCGCGUGCUCGUGGAUAA